UUGCUUUUUCCACUUUUUUUCAUGUGUUAAGCAAACUAUUUUACUUUCCUUUACCAAUAUCCCGAUCUUUGUCUUCAUUCUUUUCUUCAUCUACAUAUUUACUCCCACCUUUGUCAUUAUCAGGGCUGGCAAAAAUAUGCAAAUUCUUGAAAAAGCUUAAUCUGCGUAUUUUUUUGGAAAUUUUGUUGGUUUUCUCAUAUACUCGACUUACGUGCAUAUUUUUGCAUAUUUGGAAACAUUUCAUAUAUUUUCGGCGAAAAAGAGACGAUAGGUUCGUGAAAAAGGGGCAUUCAUGCAUAUGUUUUUUAUAAUCCUGCUACCAGCUUGUAUGAAUUCGCCUUGAUACAAUGCAAGUAUACAUACAUACUACAUACUAAUAAAGCUAGGAGAGUUUAUUAAGGCAAUUUUGGUAGUUUCAUGGUAGGUAUAACAAAGUUUCAAACAAACGGUUUGACAUUAUAUAUUACAAAAAAAAAACUUGAAAGUAUUUUGGCCAGAAGCCUUGGCUAUACCACAAUUGCUAAUAUUAGAGAUAUUUAAUUUUCGGGCUCCGCAACUAGGAGUGAAGAUCUAUCGAAAUACUCCCAAGCAGGAUUCAGUUUAUUUAAAUUUUGUCCAACUACAUACAUCUACGGAAGUGGAAAGGAGUUUUUCGAUUUAUUCAAUAAUUUUAAAUGACCAGAGAAGGUCAUUUCGAUUGAUAAUUUAAAAAGCAUGUUAUUUUACACUGUAAUUCCGAGAUUAUUGAAUAAAAAUAUUGUAAAAAUUAGAUAAAGGCUCAUUGAUUUAGCAUAUUUAAUAGCACAUUCUGGUGAUUUAUUGAGCUUUUUAUGGCGCAUAUUUUCAGGUUUUUCAGACAUAUUUUUGCCAGCCCUGGUCAUUAUAUCAAGUAUUAAAUUUACAUUCGUCUUUGUAUUUAUCUCUAAGUUUCUUUACAUUUAUUUGAGUCUUCUUCAUCUACAUAUUCAAAUUUACCUUCAUCCCUGUAUUAAUCUUUACCUAAAUCUUGCGAUUUGUACAUUUUGCAGUCAUAGAGUGGUGCUACCUAGUAAUUUUGAUCGAGAAUGACUUCAGCUCGAUAACAACUUUUCUAUAAACAUACUAAUAUGAAAUUUGAGUCAUUUUGCGCUUAUAUAAUUCUUUACACCUUAGAAGUUUGAUUUAGCCGUAAAAGGGGUGUAAAGAAAACAUGUUUGCCUAUCUAUAUAUAAGAUUUACUAAAACAAGGUUUCUUGGGGCCUGGUCCGGCACACGCCGUGCAUGGUCAUACAUACAUUUUUAUUUAUUUACAUAUGUAAACAAACAUACAUGUACAUAUCUAUUCCAAUUUUUUCAUACAUAAAUAUGUACAAACAUUCACAAAUAUUCUUAUUAAUACUAAUAAUCAUAUUUUACUCUUAUAUCGCUGCUCCAAAAAUUUGCAACCUACUGGAUUCCUGGACUUAACUUCAUACUUUCUUCGAACAUUUUUGUAUUGUUUUUUUUUUCAUUUUUCUUUCCACUUUGCUCUUUAUUUGUUCUGAUAUAACAGCUCGAAUAUGACUUCAACUCAAACAGCCUUGCGGUCACCGUUAUACAAGCUGAAGAAUUGCCAGCUCUUGAUAUGGGCGGAACGUCGGAUCCAUAUGUUAAAGUUUAUCUGCUGCCUGACAAGAAAAAGAAAUUCGAAACGAAAGUACAUCGCAAAACGUUGAGCCCCGUCUUUAAUGAAACGUUUACAUUUAAGGGCUUACCUUAUGCCGAUGCCAUGAACAAGACUCUCGUCUUCGCUAUCUUCGAUUUCGAUCGUUUCUCCAAACACGAUCAAAUUGGCGAAGUUAAGGUACCACUCUGCACUAUUGAUUUGGCGCAAACUAUAGAGGAAUGGAGAGAUUUGGUCAGCGUUGAAGGUGAAGGCGGACAGACCACCCUAAUGUACACACAGAAAUCGGCUGGCGCGCAUAGAGCAGCAAGGCAGAGAGAAGUGAAGCUACGGGUGUUCGCACAGAAUGAUGCGAAGCGGUGUUUUCAAUGAAAAUAGACUGAAAUAUAUAUUUACAUAUGCAUGUGUGUAUGUGAUUCAAAAAUAAGCUGUGCAGAAUUUGGUUGGAGUAUGCUAAAGGCUCUGUUAUGCAUACUUGGCAUUGCAUGCACUGCUAUACCAUUCUUACGUAGAA